AUGGAUCCCGUCCGUCCUCUCUGGUACCCUCCCGAUCAAUGGGAUCAUCUGGCCAGAGAUCUCCAGUAUCAAAUUGCUGUGCCGUCAAGAGCACCUAUGCAUGACUUCGGUAGAGAUGGUCCUCGCGGAGAUCCGUAUCCACCGCAGAACGUGGUCCAGCAAGUUGUUGAUCCUAAUUUGCAGCACGAAAACGCGAAGAAGAAGAAGACGAAGAAGAAAAGGAAACACAAGAAGGCCGCCGGCGCAGACUUGGACAACACAGAAACGGCCCACCAGCCGAAGAAACCAGCACUAGCAAGAGGAGCCGGGGAGCAAGUCAACCCGCAUAGCCAGAAUCAGAACCAAGGCCAGACGUGGAUGCAAGCCCAGAUGCAGACGCCAGGGCAGACGCAGACACAAGACCAGUCGCAGACGCAAAAUCAGUCACAGAUGCAAGACGAGUCGGCACGUUCCGAUGGGAGGCAGGACAUAUCACUCCAUCCCUCCGAGAGCCCACUUCGCUUCGCUUCCUCGCCGACAUCCUCCGAGCAUCUGAAAGGACUUCCGACACCCCGCCAUUGGACUCCCCCGCUGCCGCAGCACGCAUUCAGCCACCGCCAGCAAGUUGAGUGCCCUCUGUUCGGAAACACGCAUGUUCAAGCACCAAGUGAAGAAGAGAACACGGCACUUACCCGGACCCUGGUCGACGACGUGAAGAGACUGGAGCAACAUAAUGCCACGCUGAAGGCGGAAUGCACUGCAAUGCGCAAGCGACAAACUAACCUAGAGAUGAUGAUUCAAAGUAUACGAAGUGAAGCUACUGAACACCAGAUACGAAGCUCCAACCAAGCCGGCGGACCCGGCAAAGCCUCCAGGACGCGCCACAACCGCGCGAAGCAUGAUCGCAUACGACGCGGAGAAGAAUCAUCUGAAGAAUCAGAUACUGACGAACAUAACCAUGAGUUAGCUUUACAAGAGCAAUUCAAAUACCGAACUCUCCUUCAACCCAACCUGCCACCUCAUCUCCGCGCUGCCAGAAAUUUCUUGCAAUGCCAGGUGUUCCGCCGUUUAUGUGGUGUUAGCAAGUCCACAGCUUGGCCGAGUAUUGAUGAAACGAGGACGAACCCAGAAACCGACGAAGAGUACUACACCCCGGACUUCGACGAAGACGUGACCCACGCAACGAAUAGCGCGAUAUGUAAGCGCGUAGCCGAGGUGGUUUAUUCUGAAUUAAAGGGCCUUCAGGAGCCACCAGAUGAGCUACGCCACGCGGACGUGUUUUACAGCCGCCGGACAAUUGAAGAAAUGGCCAAGAACACUUACCGAGGCUUUCGUGAGCAAGCAAAGGGGCAGCGGAAUGAUUCCAAGGCACGGAAACGCAAGCGCAACAAGCGCAAUACACGUCGCUACCAGCAUCGCUUCCACACUCUUACUCACCUUCCGACCAUGGUCCCCGAGUAUAUCAAGGUGUACGGCCAGGAUCCGACGCCACUCCUCGAGAUUGAUGUUCUGUCCGACUACGCAUCAGGGCCGGACUCAGACGACAAUGAGCCUCAGCACAUGUGGAAGGCUCGUAUGGGAACUAAGGUGGGUGUGGAUGUCAGGAAGGUCGACAAGGAGAUGUGGGCGGGUACCACAUUCUGGGAGCAUAUUGCACCUGAAUGGUGUUCUGAUGAGGUUACCACAAUACUCGAUCGGCUUCAACGGCUAUUUCUCCUCUCUUUGGACAAAAACAGGCGGAAGAAAUACCUGGCCUAUCGUGUCUACCGAACUGGGCGGACCACGACUGCACCCCCGGCAUUCGUUCCUUGGGACUUUGCUAUCUCUGAGGACUGGUGGAAUACUCACGGCCCAUCCUGGAAGAAAGAGAUCAAGCGUUGGACUUUGCGCGGAGAUCCCGAGGGCUUUGGCAGCAAUGAUCCUCAUCGUGUUCCCUUGGCCGCUUCCUCCUCUGCGCCUACUCAAUAA